GGACACACAGAGCGGAGGACACACAGAUACACACACAGACGCUUCACUGCAGAGACUCUGGUCAGCCGGGUGAAGAUGAAGCAGCUUUAUGUCCCCAUUGCUUUGGCAGUGAUGUCAGCAUUGGUGAUCACAGCAACUCCGACGAGAAGAACUACAAGAAUGCCCACAACAGGAGCACCUGGAAGAAAUUUAAACGGGAAGAUGUUCACUUUGUCUGGAAAUGGAGGAAAAAUAUUGUUCUAUCCUCCCGGGACUAGUCCAAUCUCUAGCUACACCACCCGCCCCUACUCCACCACCUCCCGCCCCUACUCCACCACCUCCCGCCCCUACAAAACCACCACCACCACCCGCCCCUACAAAACCACCACCACCACCCGCCCCUACAAAACCACCACCCGCCCCUACUCCACCACCACCCGCCCCUACCCUACGACCACAGCACCUUCUACACCAGGUGUGUCCGUGUGUCUGCGUUACCUGACCGACACCUUAAAGUUAACACUCAGUCCAUCCACAAACCCUCUGCAACUGAGAGUCAGCGCUGCGGGCUCGUACAUACUGGACAGUUAUCGUUACAAAAGACUGUUCUUUCAAACUGAUAUAUGGUUCUGGUCAAACAUCAGAAGGGACAUCUGGACCAGAGUCUGCUUGACGGUGGACAACACGAAGAAGGUGGCGCAGGUGUUUAGCGGCUCGAACAUUAGCAUCAGGAAGCUGCUUCAGUAUGACUGGUCAGGUGUGCCUGUGAUUGAUAUUGCAGAUGUUGAAGGUCAGGUGACAGAUCUCCAGGUUUGGGAUUAUCCUCUCCAAAAGAUAGAAGUCCUCAACUACAUGACCCGCGGCGACGUCUCCGGGCCGUACCACGGCUCCGUCCUCUCCUGGUCCGACAUCAGCUACUCCACGAGUGGAAACACUCUGUUGGAGGAGGACGACGCCUAUAGGUCGCCGCCAGGACAGCCAAUGAGGAGCAGCAGUGGGAGGAAAAGAUGUCGGCAAAAGGGAGAGAAGAAGUCCAGAGAGUUUUUGAAUGUGGUGGAGCGUAACAGAGAACAGCUUAAAUGAAACACACAGGAGCACGUGUGAGAACAGCUGUAACCUCUGUUAUACCUUUAAUAACAAAGAAUUCACAAUCAAUCAACGAUUAAUCAUGAAUGAAGUUCAAACUACUGCAGUGUUUGAUUACCGUAUUUACAAAACAAACAGAAUCAAAUCCUAAGAGAUCGAUAUUUUCCUUUUUUCUAAGAUGUUUUCUUAUUAUAAAACAAUAAAGAGAUGGCUGACGUGA